AUGGCUGAUCCCACGUUAAACGAUCUUUCCGACCUUGGGUUGCCCGUUCAACUCAUUACAGAACAGCCCUAUCGGGGACUUCUCGCGCAGACAAUCCUUGCAAGUCCAAUCAUCAAAUGGAUUUUACCAGCACGUCUUCGCAGCAAAAAUCACAACGAUGUUGUAUUUGUCAGCGCACAGCGAGUACAGAUCAAGGAAGUGAUGGACGGACAGUUUCUCAAGGAUGUGAUUCACAAAGCCGACUUCAAUGGCCCUAUCAUAGGGGCGAAGGUUCUCAAUGUGGAAAGAGAGCUUUCAUUGGCCGCUCAUCUCCGGGCAGAAGAUUCCUAUGAUGGUCCCUCGCAAAUUCUUGUCCUUUGCGUGGCUAUGGUGGAGCUACAGUUUCUGUACUAUUCGCCAGGCAAUGGACUUGUUACCUUUCGGAAGCAUCUACCACAGGGUGUGAGUCCAGAAUGGCAGUAUGGGAAACAUAUUGCAGUCGAACCAAGGCAAGUAAUAUCUCGUGCGGUCGCAGUCAGCUCAUCGGUGGAGUAUUUUGGUAUCUUGUGGCUUCAAUCGCCUCACAAUCUUCAAGAUCAAAUGAAAGCAGGAGUUUUGAACCCAGUAAAAGAUGAGCAAUUCUUCCCCAUCGAAGGAAAGAUCUUAUUCCUCGAGUUUCUUUACCCCAAAUCCAUCAAUGAUAACAGCAUUAUCCUUCUAAUUAUUGUGGAGCGAGAGGGUCACACUGAAGUUAUGACAUACACCUGGAAAGAGAACCAAGAUAUGCGCAGUGUUCAACCGGAAAUAAAGGAAUUCAGACUCCGCAAGCAGCAUAGUUUGCCAACCAUGAUUGUUCCCUUGACAAAACAGUCCUCUUUUCUGGUGGUGUCUCCCACGGGCAUGGCGGUCUAUCCUUGUGACGGCCAACAACGCCCGAAGAAAUAUCCGCUGGCUGCCUCCAAUUCCGAAAUCAGCGAUGCUUCCAUGUGGACUCGCUGGGCAAGACCAGCUCGCAACUGGAUGUACAGUCAACAGCAUGACGGAAUUUAUUUAUGCCGUGAAGAUGGCUGGAUCUAUCUUCUGGAGUUCGGCAAUGAUGGCGACUUGGAAACCCAAACUUCCCUUGGCAAAAUCCAUUGCGAUGUUGACUUGGCAUUCGACGUCCUUGAUAUGGGUCAUGAGGGCGGCGAUUUUAUCCUAGCAGCAGGAAGCACUGGUGAUGGCGGACUCUUCGUUCAAAUGGCGAGAGAAAGCCCGAGAUGUGUCCAACGUUUCGUUAAUUGGGCCCCAAUACGGGACGCUGCCAUGGUUUAUCCACAAGCAACACACAUAAUCAAAGGCGGCAUUGCCCGUAAUCGUCUAUUUGCAUCCUCUCAGUCGUCAGCUGGAAAAGGUGGUAUCUAUGAGUUUCGAUGGGGAGUUGAAGCUGCUUUGGAAUUCAACGUACCUCUUGAUGACCUACCGAGCAUUAGAGACAUGUGGACCAUGGUCGACAGUUACACUGGGGGCAUUUACGUUCUUCUUUCUGACCCUGUCUCAUCCUUACUUCUCUACACAGACUUCACAGAAGAAGGGAUCAUUGCUCUGAAUGAGGACCAGACAGGAUUGGCUGAUGAACAAACCUUGGCUGCAGGAUUCUCACCAGAUGGUGCUCUCAUUCAAAUUACCGAGUCAGCCACACAUCUGUUUAUUCGACAAAAUCCCAACCUGAAUACCCGGAUAGCACACAGGGAACAGAUAGCUGUCCUUGCAGUGGCUGUCGAAGGAUCACGCUCGAUGAUUGCCACUGCUGUGCGUCACGAGAGUAAAUCUUAUCUUUAUGUGACUCGGAUAAUAGUCACAGCCGAUGAAGCUCGCUUAGAUCUUGAUGAGCCAGUUCCUAUCUUGAAGGAACCCAUUUGUCUUUCACUGCAAACUUUCGGUGAUAUGACAUUCAUCUUCCUGGGGAAUGCCGACGGGACUGUAACAGCCUUCGUCCUCGAAAGCAACACCCUCACCCAGGUCUUUGAAACCUCGAUUAUGCUUGACAAUUAUGACGCUGAUCUUUCAAUCGUCGUUGAAAGUAUUGUCACCGUCCAAAUCACUCCCAGAAAUGGUUCUUUGCAUGCCUUUCUACUAUGUGGUUUGCGGAGUGGAAUUCUAGUCCCCUUUGAGAUUGACUUCAAGGGCCAUGAUUUAAUCGGACUGAAGCAAAAGGGAACAACUCGAAUCGGCAGAACCUCCCUUCGACUUCAGAGCACGGGCUCAUCUGCGAUGUUUACCUGUGACAAUGAGCUUUGGCAAGUGUCAUAUAGCCCUGAUUGUAUUCCAUCAGAAUGCUUCAUCCGGAGAGUGUGGGUUACCGACCAGAACAACCCUGCAUACUUUCCCACCUCGAUUCAUGGAUUUGGCUUGAUCUGUCCCGAAAAUCCCGAACCAGAUGCUUCAAUAGGUCCUCUAUUUUGCUUUACAGAUGGGCAACUUCUCAUAUGUUCACUGAACCAAGAAGUGAAGAGCGUGCCGCGGUGCAUUGAGAUACCUGGAAAUCCCAGAAGACUGAUAUGGUCACCUAAUUUACAGUGCCUUGUUGUCUCUUACCAGACUCUGCAGGCAGAAGAGGAAAUGCCUUUUACGAGAAUGCUCACCUCCCAUAUUCAGUUCGUUGAUCCUGACUUGCAGAAACCAAUACUUCAUCGCGGACCUGACGAUCCCUGGAGGCCUGAAUCGGCCGUUGGGGAGAUGAUAACCUGCCUAAUGGAUUGGGAUUAUGAGCGAGCGGGAGAAAAGUUCCACAUGCUGGCUAUCGGUACACACGUUCUAUCCGUUCGUGAACGCGACCCGGACCAGGGCAGACUCGUCCUGAUUUCGCCUCGUCGUGACCCAUCAGAUCCUUCCAAGAUCAUCUGCACCACUAAGCUUACUCGAAUACUUGAAGGCCCAAUUCAGGCAAUAGCGGCUUAUGGAGACAGCCUCAUUAUUGGAGCUGGGAAUAGGCUCGUUCCCAUGUCAUCCAAGGAUGCGAACCGAAAAUGGCGUCGAAAUGCUGGGACUGCAUUGCCCUCUGCAAUAGUAUCCAUUCACAUCUUAAAGAACUUGAUCUAUGUGUUGACUGCUCGGCAUUCCUGGUGUAUCCUUGAAAUUGCAGAACAAGGGACUGGAUCAAACUCGGGUGCUUUCCUAAUAUGUCGCUCCUGGUGUCCUGUCGUCCUUGAUGGACUCACUAGCAUCCUUCACAACGGGAAUAACCCAAUGAUUCUCAUGAGCCACCGUGGUCGAGUUAAUGCCGGAGUUAUUGACUUGGGUCAGUGGGAUGAGCGAUCCCCCAAUUUUUUCAACAUUCAGCCAAAGACUCAGCUCCAUCAAUCGAUCAUACGAUUUGUCUCUGGAGGCCAGGAGAAUGGACCUUUUUACGGACUGAGCGUGACUGGCUCCAUUUAUCGUUUAUCCAUGCCUGAUCCGAACCACACGCCUCUGCUGAGACUCCUGCAAAAUAUCGCCGAGAACAAUGAUAUUCUUUGCCCAUCCAAGCGCAACCGACGACACCAAAAGAAGAUCCAUGAUCUGAGUAACUCCCGCAUUGACGGAGACAUCCUUGCGCGCCUUGGUCUGCGUGGCCCAGAGUUCCUGGAUGGUCUCAUCCAGCCGUCUGUUGAUGCUCCAGAGCCAGAUCACACAGAAACCAUAUUCCGUGCUCUGGCUCAGAGAACUUUGGGAGAUUCGUCGACAGACGCGGUCAUUGCCUGGCUCCGGAGACUUCUUGAUGUACCAUCCUAG